AUGGCAAUUGUUGCAAAAUUUGAUAAACCAGAUCUUUUUAUUACAAUGACUUGUAAUCCUAAAUGGCGCGAAAUUGAAGAAAAUCUUUUAGAUGGUCAACAAGCUUCUGAUAGACCUGACAUUUGUGCACGUAUUUUUAAUAUUAAAAAAGACUAUUUGAUUGAUUUGAUUGUAAAGCAAAAAUUUUUUGGAGAAGUAACAGCCUUUGUAUAUGUUAUUGAAUUUCAAAAACGCGGUUUGCCACAUGUUCACAUGUUAGUUACUUUAAAAUACAAUUUUAAAAUAACAACUCCACAAAUAGUUGACAAAUACAUCUCUGCUGAAAUUCCUGAUCCAUGUGAAAAUCAUAUUUUACAUAACAUAGUUAUGAAACAUAUGAUUCAUGGACCUUGUGGUGAUUGGUGUUUAGUAAAUGGAAAAUGUUCAAAACAUUAUCCAAAAUCAUACCUUGAAGAAACUAGAAUGAAUGAAGAUGCUUAUCCUUAUUAUCGUCGAAGAGAUAAUGGUAGAAGUUUUGAACUUCUACCAUAUAUCCUGGUGGAUAUAUAG